AAUAACAAGAUUGGUGAUAUACGUCAUUUCGUAAUAGAUAAUCGCGAGAAACAAGACUAUUGAUUGAGAACUAAUUAGACGUAUGUUUGUAAGCAAGUGUGGUGCAUGUUCAGUGGAAUAAUAGCGAGUGGCAAUGGAUCCCGAGACUAAUAAUAACAAUGACAGUGUUCCUGAAAUGGUUAAUAAUACAAGUCAUAAUGGUGAUGCCAGACAUUUUGACAGAACUUCAAUCGCCUCAAGUGAUAGUAAUGCAACUCCGCUGAGAUCCAAAAUAUCUACACUCUUACGACCCCGAAGCAGUAGAAGCAGUAGAAGAACAAGUGACACCUCAGCGCUGGAGUCAGUGUCUGCUUCAUCACGCGCGGUUGUUCCUGUUAGGAACAUAGAUCCCAGUUUGAUACAGAAAACACAACCAAAAGGAUGGCAUACAAUAGUUAACAUAGUCCUCGUGGAGGCCAAAGGUCUACCGGAUCCACCAGAUGACAGGAGUUCACAUAAUCUGUACUGUAAAUUUCGGCUGGGUUCAGAAUCGCACAAAUCCAAGGGAGUACCAAAUACAGCCCAACCGGAAUGGCGGGAAAGAUUCGACUUGCAUCUCUACAAAGACCACUUGCUGAAGCUCUCGCUGUGGGACAAAGGGAAACAGAAAAACUUUAUGGGAAGUUCCGUCUUGGACUUGGCUGAGUUAGAAAAGGAGCGGACCCAUGAGAUCUGGCAAGAGCUGGAUGACGGUUUCGGAACAGUUCACUUUUCCAUCACCUUGUGCAAAGUGCGAAACAACGUUAAUACUUUCAACGGUCAGCUGGCUGAGGGUGUGGUUAAAGCUAAAAAUGCCAUUAACACUUUGAAAAGCGAUUGGAAGCUAGUGGGCCAGCUAUACGUGAAAGUGACGGGUGCUAAAGGGUUAAGUGGAAAACCCAACGCAUACUGCACACUGGAGGUAGACAACGAACGGGUACAAACCCACAGCUGCCGCGCCAGCUCCGAACCUACUUGGGACAAAAGUUAUGUGUUCAACGUCUACGACGUAACAUCAACUUUAGACUUAAGGAUCUACGACAGUUCCAUCGUGGCUGCGUUACGCACCGACACCUUAGGAAGGCUGUCUCUACCUCUACUGAGGAUCAGUAACGGAGAGUCGCGAUGGUACGCCCUGAAGUCACGGAACAUGAGGGACGGUGCCAAAGGCAACUGCCCAAGAGUCCAAUUGGAAAUGACUAUGUUUUGGAAUCCGGUGAAAGCAACAGUAAGAUUGUUCCGCCCAAAAGAAGUGAAACACAUCAAAAAGCCCCCAAAGUUCGACGUGGCUCUCGUAUACAGCAACAUGGAGUUCGUGAGGGAUACAUUUACAUUCCUUCAUUAUUUUAACGAGCAAUACAAGAAUCUGUUCGAAUGGGAAAACCAGGAGUUGUGCUUUGUAACCCUAGUAGGGUGGCUCUUGUUCUGGCUCAACUUUAGUCUGUGGGCUACACCAUUAUUGCUGCUGCUGCCUUUCUUCUACUUCUAUAUUACACAGUCUUGCAAUCAACAAGACAGAUCAAGUCCGCGAAAUUCUAGUUCUGGAGAUGAGAGCCCUGAACCAAAUGAACACGAAAAGACUGAGAAGGGCCUGACCAGCAAGAUAUCAGGCCUGCCAGAGAUGACUCUGACCAUCACUGGCGGGGUUGAGUAUUCAGUUUCCUUGGCCGAAAGACUUUAUAAUUUGACCAGCUUCAAAGUGCCUUUCUUAAGCUUUUUAACAAUGAUGUUCCUGAUGAUGUCGGCAUUUGCUUUCUACUUUAUUCCGGUCAACUACAUGAUGAUGGCAUUUGGUUUAUUUAAAUACUCGAGAAGAUACAUCAACCCAGAGUGGAGACAAAACAAUGAUCUACUCGAUUUUCUAUCAAGAGUUCCUGACAACGAAAUUUUGAAAAAUUGGAAGGAGUUGAAUGUGCCAGAACCCAGUGUGAAGAGGCAGGCGACAUAUAAAAGACGAGUAUCUGAUAGUUCAUCGUGAUAUUAUUAUUAUUAUGUAAAUUAUUUUUAGUUGAUAGUUAACUACCAAAGGGAAGUGUUAGUUUGCACUUAACCCGUCGAUUGAUUUUAGUACAUAGACGUAGGUAUACUUAUUUAUACAGAGAAAGAUAUCUGGCAAAUAAAAGUAGACCCUAAAUUUGUUCAGGUAGAACCCAUCUCUGGUGGCUCUACUACGAAUCAUUCGACGAAUUCGACCAGUAAAUUAAUGAAUCAUUAUAUUAUAAUUGGGGUAUUUAGCUUUACCUUGUAAGAAUUUAAUAGUCCAGUUCAAAGAGUUAAAAUGGCGCCGAAUGGCGGUUAUGCUAUCA